GGCCGGGCGUGUCAAAAAGCCUCGGGGAGGAAACGCGGAGGAAAACCCUUCUCCCUGAGAUGAAUAGACGGAACAAAGUUGGCGGAAUCCUCGAUCGGCGCAUAGGCGAAAACGACCCAACGAUGAGCGUAGAAGACAAGAUGAUCGAACGUUAUACACGCGAGAACCAGAGGAGGAAAGGCGCAUCAGUCUUUGAUCUUGAAGAAGCAGAGGAUGAGGAAGAGCUGACUCACGGUGGUCGGGCGCUUGAUCUCGGCGUUAGGGAGAGAGAGAUAGAGGAUUACGAUGCUGCAAGCGUCGAGGCGUCAAGUGACGGGGAAGGACAGGACGUGCAGUCGCGCAAAAGGAGGCGAGACCCUGCAGAGGAAGGCGAAGAAGAGGACGGUGAAGUUGACGUUGGGAAGCCUGAGAGGAAGAAGACGAAAGCAGAGGUCAUGAAAGAGGUGAUGGCAAAGUCAAAGCUCCACAAGUACGAACGGCAACAAGCCAAGGAGGAUGAUGACGACCUUCGAGAAGAACUGGAUAAGGACCUACCCAAUAUUCUUGCAGCUCUAAGGGGACAUCUCAACAAACCGCAACCCAAGGAAGAACCACCAAAGGCAAAUGAUUUUGCAAUUAACCCCGAUCGUGCUGCCCUCCUGAAUGGGAAGGAAAGAGAAGUCGCGGACAAGGAAUAUGAUGCGCGAGUUCGACAACUUCUCUACGAUCAGAAGGCCAAGCCUACAGAAAGGAUCAAGACUGAAGAGGAGAAGGCCGAAGAAGAGGCAACGCGGUUGAAGAACCUGGAAGAGCAGCGGCUUCGAAGAAUGAGGGGUGAGCCAGUGGAAGAUGAAGCACCUUUCGUAGAGGGAUCUAUGGAAGAUGAAGAGGAGGAGUACGAAUCAGGAGACGACGCGGCAGAGUUUGGUUUCUCCGCCGCUCAAAACACGAGCAGGCCGGAUGGCGUUGAUGAUGAGGACGACUUCGUUCUCGAUGAUGAUCUUGUAGCAAGCGAUUCCGAGUUCGACGAGGAGUCUUCCAACGACAGCGAUGACGAGGAAAAUGUGGCAGAUGAGACUCAAGACUUAGAUGACGAGUUCCUAAAAGAGGUGCUUCCUACCGGCAAUGGGCAUAUAUCUUCUGCACCUGGCACUGGCGCACAGACGUCGAAACUGACGUUCACAUACCCUUGUCCUCAAUCACAGGCAGAACUUCUCAGAAUAUUGGAGGGAGUAGCCCCGUCGGAAAUCCCAGUGGUCAUCCAAAGGAUACGCGCAUUAUAUCACCCGCAGCUACACCACGAGAACAAGGCAAAGCUCGCGAAUUUUGCCAUCGUACUGGUCGACUAUACUGUCUAUCUCUCAUCUCAGACAACUGCACCGUCACUUGUGUUGUUAGAGACUAUCAUUCGGCAUAUUCACUCUCUGUCCAGAAUCUUCCCCGAACAGAUUGCGAGAGCUUUUCGCACUCACCUUCAGAGGUUGCAUACGUCGAACGAUCCGUCACCGGGAGAUCUUAUAAUCCUUACAGCCAUUUCGACCAUCUACCCAACUUCCGAUCAUUUCCACCAAGUAGUGACACCGGCAAUCACUUUGAUGGCGCGAUGGCUUGGAAUGUCGACGCCUCGGGACUCAAAAGAUCUGACCACCGGAGCUUAUAUUGGAGCACUUUGCCUUCAACACCAACGACUCUCUAAGCGGUACAUUCCCGAGCUAAUGCGAUAUACCACGAUUGCUUUAAAAUCUCCAUUCGCCACCUCAGAUCUCAUUGAUCUUCACAUUAAAAAUCUCACUGCAGCCGCCGACCUCUGGGCCUCGAAAUCCGCCUUCCUCGAAAUCUUCCCCCCAGAACUUCUCACUCUCGUGAAAGACCUCAAGCAACCCAAAGCAUUGCAGCGCUUGCAAAUCCUCCUGCAACAGUCUCGCCUCGCCCGUCGUCCUCUCGAACUGCACCACCACCGUCCACUUCCCAUCAAGACUUCGGUUCCCAAGUUCGAAGAAGGGUUCAACCCGGACCGACAUUACGACCCGGACACGGACCGCGCUACCGCCAACAAACUCCAGGCUGAGUACAAGAAGGAGAGGAAAGGUGCCAUGCGAGAACUGCGGAAGGACGCCAACUUCAUUGCACGUGAGCAAUUACGCGAGAAGAAGGAGAGGGACCGUGCAUAUGAGACCAAGUAUAAACGGCUGGUGGCGGAGAUUCAGGGCGAGGAGGGCAAGGAGAAAAAUGCGUAUGAGCGGGAGAGGAGAGCUAGGAAAGGGAAAGGAGGUAGAUAGAGGCCUGCUCAACAUUUCUUGUCUGAAUUUGGAUGUGCAGAAUAUUACAUUUUGCGUACCUAUCAGAGUACGUGGAAGUUUUUGU